GCUGCAUUUUUCGGGCUCAACUUUGUUCCUGGCUUCAGAAGAGAGUUCUCUCUCACAGAUACUUCGCUAAUGCACACUUUUGCUGAGCAUGAACGAGUUCCACCUUGGUUGCUUUAUGUAAUAUUCGCGGGAGGGCCUCUUAUCCUCAUGCCCGUCAUCAACCUGCUCAGCGUAAGGUCGUGGUGGGACUUUCACAGCAGCUAUCUUGGAUGGCUUUUGUCAACUUCUAUUACUGGCUGUAUCACACAGUUCGUCAAGGUCACCGUUGGACGACCUCGUCCAGACUUGAUUGACCGCUGCCAGCCGGUCACUGGUGCUGCGGACCCUUCAUUCGGACUGUCUACUUCCGCCAUCUGCACCCAAACCAGUGCGAAAAUAUUAAAGGAUGGGUUCAGAAGUUUCCCUAGCGGUCACUCCAGUCUCUCGUUUGCCGGUCUGGGCUUCCUCGCCUUCUAUUUGGCUGGGAAAUUACACCUUUUCGACAAGCGUGGGCAUAGCGUAAAGGCAUGGCUUUCCCUGGCCCCUCUGUCGGGAGCUGCUCUUGUCGCCAUCUCACGCACAAUGGAUUAUCGUCACCACUGGCAAGAUGUCCUUACGGGCUCUGUUCUCGGGCUUACGAUCGCCUACUUCUCCUACCGCCAGUACUAUCCGAUGCUGGAGUACGAGGCUUCUCAUCUGCCUUAUCCCCCUCGGCCUCAGCGUGGAGGACGCGACCGUCCGAGAGAGUCUCAAAUAGCCUUCGGCAGCGAAGGCGCACAGCCAGGGCACGCCGCUCUGGGGGGGCGGUCAAGAAACACAGAUUCGCGCUACACUGAUCACGACAGCGUGGAAGAUCUGGAAACAGGUGUUCGCCUGGAAGGAUCAAGCAAUGAAGUGUUGAAGGGUGCUCGGUAG